AACGUAAGCGACGUCACAUAUUGGAUUUAUCAGUAGAGCUGCACAAACAAGCGACCAUAGAGCCGUGUUGGACUCUGGGUAUCUGACUGUCGGGCGCUUUGGUCUCCAAAUGCCGCGCCGAUUUAACAACAGGUGUGGACGGAGACGGCUUGUUAUGUGACUGGGUGAAGCAGCUUGGCUUGUAGCGGUAGCUUCAACUAGGCGUUAGCUAGAAUGCUCACGUCCCCGCGGGGCUAAUAGCAGGAGCUGCUGUUAGCUAACGGAAACGGUAUGUCCGCUGACCCAACGGCUGCCAGCUGGAGUAGAAGCUGCUGCUUCUUUUGCCAUACUUACCACCCAUACAUUUAGUGACUGGCCAAAUAUCUUGUUAGGUUAUUGGUUUAGUUAAUUUGAGACACUGAAAACUCACUUUCUACGCCGUUUUUGUUGUUACUGCGUGGAAUAAUACAAUUAUUCCAGAAUGGGAAUGUGCCUGCCGUGCCUUGGUGGAGCAGCGGAUGACGUUGUUGUCACGCCGGAUCCUGAGACAAGGAGACGACAACUGGCCGAAGCCGCCGAGAAGAGACAAAAAGAGACGGCGUACAGGGGUGUCAAAAAUCCAGAAGCAGUUGAAAGGAAAAGGAAGAAACAAGAAGAAAUUGAGAAACAGGCAAUAACCACCUCUGUGUCUGGAGGAGGUGGACUAAAGUGGCAGGUUGGAUGAAAAUCCUGAUGGAGAAGUUGGACCUCCUAUGUCCAAAUCCACAUGAAGUCUGCCUGCUGGGUUACUUGGAAAAAAAAGUUGGAACGACUUCCGGGUUAAACUCCUUUUGCUUGUUUUUGUUGUUAUUAACAACACAUGUGACUGUCAUCACAUUUCAUGCAGAAGUUGUUUCAGAGAAACAAAGCUUCCCCUGCCAAGAUAUAUAAGACAGUUUUGGACAUUUGGGCUGGUCACGGAUAACAGAAUUAAACGUACGCUUUUAUUAGUAACGUAACGAUGUAUGUGAGAAACAGGGAUGUCCAUGCGACAAAUGUCUUUUGAAGAAAAAUAAUCGUCAGUUUCGUAGAUAAAGACUCUGUUACUAUUUGGUGAUUUUCGUCAAUGAUCAAAGUUCCCUUCCUCAAUACUCAAGAAGGUUUAGAGCUCAGCUUCUUGGUAACUUAAAAAGUUAUGCAAAUGUAACAGAUUGUUGAACUUAACUGGCUUUGCUUGUCAACCUGGGCAUGUUGCACUGAAUAAGCCAAUGACGAAUAUUGAGCUUCAACAAUGAAAUGUGGAAAUAUGUUGGUUUUCUUUUCUUUUUUUUUUAUUUUCAUUUCUGUACUGGAUUGUGUGAGAUGCAGGGUUUUCAAACCCGCUCUACUGAUGACAUAAUUUAGUUUCCACUUAGUUUUUUCCACUAACCACUCUUUCAGCCUCUAUUUGGUAAUAUAUUUUGAUGUUAAACAGCCCUGAAUCUUUUUCAAACCAGGCUGGACAUGCCCUCAUUACUCUUCUGCUUGUGACCUACAGCACUUAAUAGAUUAGUCAUAGUUCUGCUUUAUUGCACUGGUUGAGUUUGUAAAACACUAAUAUGAUUUAAAAAGAUUUUUUUUCCAUUUUAUUGUAUGAUUUACCACAACUAAUAAUUUAUUAGUAACUUAUUUUCUCUACUGUUUGUCACAGCUUUUCGAAACUGCAGCUAUGCUUUCUUACUCUCACAUGGGGUGCUUGAUGACAAUCUAGUGAAGAAGAUUCUUUGAAGUGCUUAACUGAGAUCUUUUCUUACAGCUGUCUGAUCCUUAAAAGCUUCUGGUGCUCUUGCCAUUUUGUAGGACAAAGAAUAUAGCCAAUGGUACUUGCUACAGUUAAUAAAGCACAUUUCUGUUGUG